UGGACUUAUGGUUUAUACCAAGCAGAAUAUUUGAUUAUUUCAUACAAACUAUAACCACCCGCAUCAAAGGUUGCAGCUAAAAGAGGUUGAGAUAUGUUUAAAGCAUUAAAACAUUGAAUAUAGAACAUAAAUAAGCACUUAAAAUUUCAGGUUAAUGAAGGAUGUAUGCUCAUAAGCCAUCGUUUUAAGUGCUUUGAAGAGGUGAAGUAACAAUUUCACUGGUAAAUAAUAUAUUUCUAGGAAGGUAUAAUUGUUGACAUACAAGUGUUCACUAGUGAGGAAAUUGCUCUUUUAUAUCUUAAUGUUUAAAGAAUGAAGUGUGUUCCAAAACAGAUGCUCCAAAAACCAAACACUUUCUUCCAAACAAAUCUUUUAAUUGAAAACUUGGUAUCUAUCUAUACAGAACUGCUUAGAAUUGCUAUAUGCUCAGAACAAGAAUGUUAACAUUGUGAAAUUUGCAAUGUGAUCAUGAAUGGAUUGAAAUGAAUCAAGUCAAAUAGAGUAAGAAAAGAACUAAAAAAUGUGUAGUAGAAUAAUGCUUAAUAAUAAUAUUUAAAGCUGUUUGUACAUGUGGAAUAGACAGUGAAAAUAAAACUAUGGAAAAGAAAUUGUUGAAAAUCAAAUUUUGCUUUAGUAUAAUUUGAGAAAUAACGAAGUAAGAAUGUACUCUGUGGAUGAGUUUGAUGAGACGGAGCCAGAACUUGAGAUGUUGGAAUGGGCAGGAAUGGAAAGAGAAUAUGCUAGUGAUGAUGAAGAAACUGAAGAACUCUACUUUCAACGAGUCCAGCAAGGCAACUUACAACCCCUUGAUACUAUUUUCGUAAAAAAUGUCAAGGAAGGUGGCCCUGCCCAAAAGGCAGGCUUGAAUGCCGGUGACAGGAUUAUAUCAGUAAACGGGGAACCAGUAACUGGCAAAUCUUACGGACAAGUGAUUAACCUGAUUCAACAAACCACCAAAGAUCUUAGUAUUCUAGUUGUACCAAAAGAAGAAGAUAUUUUACAAUUGGCAUAUCAGACCUCCUCCCAGUCUUAUGACACUGACUUUGGCGAUGGAAACUCGUUAAAGGACUCCAGAAAUUUGUAUAGCCGUCAGUCGUCGAUGGACAGUGAUUCUUACAUAUCAUCCAGUAGUAGAAAUCGUGAUAGAAAAGUUCUCUCUACAAGCAACCUUGACUCUAAUUAUUUUGACGGAACUGAAUCAUUCCCACAUUAUGAUCAUGAACCUUUACAGCGUCGACAGUUAAAAUCUUCAACUUCUUACACGUCUGGUUUAAGUGUGUAUCGUGACUUACAACAGCCAGAAGAUAACAUGAAUAAAAAUGUGUUUUUAGAUCGACGGAGGGAGUUCGAGACUCGUGCGGCUCAGGAAAAUGUGAAUCCUAAUACAAAGAAAACAUAUUCAUUUGGUCUGUACUUUCCGAAAAAAGAAAGUCAUGUAAAUAGUGCUGAGAAUUUAUCAAGAUCGGUUGUGAUCCGGAGAUCUAAAGAAAGUAUUCUUCAACCAACAGAUUCACAGGAAAAUAUUUCAAAGUUACAGUCUUCCAGAACUCGAAAUGUGCCUAUUGAAUAUAGGCACAGUGGCAGCCCUGAUCAGAAACCGGAAUUAUUCCGCUCACAGGAAGUGUUAACGCGGGAUCAUGAGGGACGAUCAUCGAGUCAGUAUGGUUCAGGUAGCAGUAUUAGGCAUAGCUUUCCUGACUCUGGCGUUCAGAUGUGGUCACCUACUAGAAAAACAAGUGAAACAAACAGUCCAUAUGGGUUUGAUCAUGGUACACCAACACCUGAUAGCUCCACGAGCAAAAGAGAUAGUUAUACUAGUAGUUCAUCCAGACAAUAUGUUCCUGUAAUAAAUGAGUCACCAAUUUCUAAAAGUCAAAAAAUAUCAGGAAGUGUAGACAGUAUAGAUCCUAGAUCAAAUGUUUAUCAUACAGAACAUCAUCUGAGAACAUCAUAUAGUAAUAACUCACACCCUUCUGAGCAACAAAAUCAAAUGCAACCUUCUAGUAGGACUUUUAUAGUUAAAAUAGGUGAUAACCAUGAAAGGAGUAGCACUCCAAAUAUAAAUCAAAACCAGGCUGGGAACCAUUCAUAUGGAGCGGCUUUUGCUCUGACACGGUCCCCGGCUCCCACUGAGAUUGAAAUCAGACAGAAACGGGAACCAAGGAUUUUAGUGUCUCACAGAAAGAAACAGUUCGAAGAACGAAAAGAUGUCACCCCACCACCAACCACCCCUACUGGUUUAAAUAGCAGCAGAUUUAAAACUGAGAUUGAAAAAAUAACAACUUUUAGAAAAUUUGAUGGCAUACAAGCAAGGUUGGCAACAUAUGAGAAAAAUACCAGUAAUGUGGAUAAUAGUGUGAGAUCUAGAUCUCAAACGCCAGUUUCUGCUCAACCAAUCAGCAAAGCUAGGCCAAUGUCACAGGAACGUGUGAGGUCACCAGAACCUCAUUCAAACUCUAAUACUCAGUAUUCUCAGGGAGGCAGCCAAUCAAAUUUCCCAGAUUCUGUACCAAUCAGAAUCUAUGUAUCUCAAGGAAAUUCGAACACCUCAGGGUCCCCGAUUGUUGAAAUUGUACAUGAAAUUGGGGAGUCUCGGAAUCAAAGUCAGUAUGUUGGGCAAACAGAUUCUCCUCGAGAGCAGCCAGAGUCCGAGUCUGGUCAAAAGCCGGUGAGGAAAGCCUCGUUCUUGUCAGCUGUCAAUGCCCCUUACAGCAGAUACUUGCCACAAUCAGGGUAUGAAAAUGAGACGCCAGACGCUGAUGUCACACCAAAGUCGUCACGCACUUUCACGCCCAAACAUAUUGUGACUCGAGAUAUUCGGGAUGGAAAGACAACUCCUACUAACGUCCAGUGGUCUGGUAGGAGUCCAAGCCCAGCACGCGCAAUGUCACCGAGCAAUACAAGUGCCUUAAAUAGUGGUGUUAGUAUUUCUGCCUCCUCUAUAACUGUGUCUCCCAUAACAACAUCAACUGUCAGGCUUCGCAGCAAACCAAACAUUUCAGCAGAGGAUUUUGAGACAAAAUUACAUCGUAGAACAUCGUAUCUGAUGGCAACAGCUCCGGACAGAUCAGCAUCAAGCCUUAAAAUGUCUCCAACAGUCUCUGUACCUCUAGAUCCAAAUACCCCUGCCACACUUAGUAAACACAAAAGUAUGAGGAAGCUGAAAGAUUUCUUUGGAGAAAAGACACCAAAGAUUGUUGAAGCAACAGAGAGACGUAUACCUGAUCCUGCCAGCCCUAUACAGCAAGUUACAAAAGAGGGAAGUUUGGGUGUAAAAGUUGAUAUGUUGGAUGGCAAGAGAGCCAGUGACAGGUCUUGGCGCCCGGUCUGGGCUGUAUUACGAGGACAUGCCUUAUAUCUGUGUAAGGAGAGACGGGAUCCAGCAAAUUUUGUUGCGCAUGCACUCUCUGUCAAAGUGCGUGCUGGCUCUCAGCAGACGAACAUAUUCUCUUAUGAUGAGCAGCCAAUUUCAAUCAAAUCUUGUAUCGUGGAUAUAGCACACAGUUACACAAAACGUAAGAACGUGUUUCGAAUGAAGACGUACAACGGGUCGGAAUAUUUGUUUCAGGCAGAAGACCAUGACGAGAUGAUCUCGUGGAUCAAGGAAAUCAAGUGUAACAAUAACCCAGAUGCCGAUUUCAGCGGGGUGACAAGCUCCGAGCUGAUCAUACGCAAUAGUAUAAGAAAAAGUCAAGAGCUUGUGGAGUCGUCGGUCACUACGAAAACCUCUCCUCCGCAAACACAAAAAAUGGGCAAAAAACUUUCAAUAUCGUCAAUAAAACAGAAAAUGCCUCACUCACCUAGUCUGAAACGAAGAAAAACUACCUCCGGAGAAAAAGUAGAUGAGUCAGGGAAGCCAAAGACAUGGAAGGGCAAGUUGGGUAAAAGUUUCAAGAAACAGUUUGGUUCGAGCCCGUCUAACGUAGACAGAAUAACACCGGUACCCGAGUCAGUUGGCAUGUUCGGAUCUUCCCUUGAUGAUUGUACUCCAUCCCCAAACAACGAAUUUGUUCCCCUUGUUGUUGACCUAUGUACUCAGUUAGUUGAGGCUAGAGGUCUAGAAAUGAUUGGUGUAUACCGUAUCCCAGGUAACAAGGCAGCUGUCACUCUUCUACAAGAUGAAUUCAACAAGGGUAUAGAUGCUAUGAAUCUGGAUCAUGAAAAGUGGUCAGAUGUAAAUGUAAUCAGUAGUUUACUGAAAUCUUUCUUCAGACAACUACCAGAACCACUUAUACCUGAUGAUUUGUACCAACCAUUUAUUGAUGCUAACAGAAUAGAGGAUCCAGAAAGGAGAAUGUUAAAGUUAAAACGUCUCAUACAUGAACUACCAGAACAUCAUUUUGAAACAUUUAAACAUCUAGCUAAACAUCUUAACAAAGUAGCUCAAUAUGGAGAUAUUAACAGAAUGGAAGCCAAGAAUCUUGCCAUAGUUUUUGGACCUACCUUAAUUAGGAAAUCUGAUGAUAAUAUGGUAUCCAUGGUAACUGAUAUGUCUGAUCAUUGUAAGAUUAUAGAGAGCAUAGUACUUCAUUAUGAAUGGUUCUUCGGAUCCUGGGAGAAUGACAAUUAUGUACCAACAGAUGAUGAUGCUACAGAAUGUGUGUCAUUAAUCUCUGGUGUAACAUCUAGUACCAGGGAUGAUCCAGAAGUGAAUCCACAGGAAAUAGUGAGCAGUAUAGUUGAAGCAGCUAACAGGAAGUUGAGAGGAGAGCUGCCACCUGCAGUUGAGAAACGUAGUGUGUCUGUAUCCGAGGUACCUCAAGCCUUCAACGAAAGAAAUAUAGAUCAGGAAAUACUUCUUCGUACCAGAAAAAUAGACAAUACAUCAAGAAGUAGUCCAAAUCUGGCUGCAAUGCAGCGAUCAACAGAAGUCAUUAAACAGUCCACUACUGAAGUUGUUACAGACCGACGUAUGGCCAAGUCUCAGGAGUUCUGUGACAGGGAAUUCAAGGAUUUUGAUUUUAUCGAUUCAGAUAAGGAAAGUUCUUAUUUAAAUCCAACAACCAGGUAUUUUUCUGAUGAACUGUUAGACAGAAAUGAUGAAUUAGAGUUGUCACACAGUACGUUAAGUGGCAGUUACAGUAGAUUAAGUAAGGAAACUAUUGAUAGUUUAAAGAGGAUAGAAAUGGAAGCACGGGCAUUAAGGGAGAGGGAAGAGAGAAGGCAGAGGGACCUGGAGAAAAGAAAGUUGGAAAAACAAAGAAUUGAACAGGAUAUUCUACAAACACAACAAGAGUUAGAAAUUGAAGACAGACAUAGUGUUGAAGAUCUGUUAAAUGCACAAGAUUAUGGGAAAAUGGGAAUAAAUAAAGAUUUUUUAAAUAAGCGUAAGAUCACUUCUAAUGACUACAGGAAUACUCGUGAUGUAAAUCAGUCAAGUGGCAGUAGACAACAAGGUGGAGGUAAAUACUUCGUCGUGAAAGGAAACACUUCAAGCUCAAGGUCGUCUCGACCUCCCAAACAAACAAGUGUAGAAUCUUUAGUAGCACAAUCUAAGCGUACAGGUUCACUUGAAAACAUGGCAAAUGGACAGAAAAAAAGUCCAAGCAGACCUUUAGCUCAAGUUAGAGCCAGAAAAGGUGAAGACCGCUCUAAAAGAGAUUCUGCAGAAAUAAAACGUAGAAGUGUAGGACUUGCUAGAAGUAAUUCUGUGCGUAGAGGAUCCUUAGACUCUUUGAUAGAUCUUAUUGAAAAAAGAGAUAGCAGAAUGUCAUGGGCAUCAACAGAUUCAGAAGAAGGACUUGAUUUAUUAACAACUCUUACCUCAACAUUUGAUCAGAAACUACAGACAUUAUCUAGUCCAAAACUUUCCCAGUCUGUAUCUAUAGCCCCACCACCUCCAAGGAGAGUGCCAAAUUAUUCUAGUAAUUCAAGUUUAAGUACAAACACAACUACUUCUGAGUCCGGGGAAUCACAAUCCGCCCAGCAUAGGUUACCACCACAGGUUCCUCUGUCUUCUGUUAUGAGUCGACAAAACAAUUCUUCAGAUUUCCCAUCAAAACAGUUCCGAGAUCCGAGUCUACACAGGACUCCCCCAAAGUCGGAUACUAAAAUAGGUUUCGCAACGCGAUUCGAACGAUCCACAACUCAUAAUCCUAUGUAUGAGGGAAAUAGUGAACCAAACUUGAAUGCUUUGUCAAGGAGUGGUAAUAGUUAUGGAGUAAGUUUACAAAGUGAUGUAACAUAUUCAGUUGAUAGUGCUAUAUUAAGUGGAAGUAACAGAGGAUUAGAGAGGCAAGAUACUGACUCUAGAGUGUCUUCUGUAAUGGUUGUAAUUUCGAGUCCAUCAGUAAUGUCUGCCGACAGCAGACACAGUGCUGGAUAUUCUACUCCUCAGUUUGUCUCUAAACCUGUAAUGUCGUCUCAGUCGAACGCUCUUCCCAAGUGGGAAACUUAUAUACCUAAUUCUCCAAGUAGAACAGAGUAUAGACCCAUAUCAAAGUCAGAGAAAACUGAGGUUAAUGUUAAACUGUCUCAGAACGUUGUAGAUAAAAACAAAAAUUCUAAUAAUACUGACAUUCCUACAAGUUCAAAAUCUAGGUCGGCUUCCCCGCCCCCAACUAAUCGUAAAAGAAGUGAGAAAAGGAAGCGUAGACGGCACACAGUCGGCGGUACAAGUGACGGUGAGCAUAUGAAAGCUAUCUCUAAUGCUCUUCCUAAAGAAGAGCAGAGAUUGUCCGCGUGGGAGCAACUGAGGCCAAACAUUAGUCAGAAUAGUAAUAUUGGACCAAAUAGCAGUAUGUUAACGUGGCUGAGAAAUGAACGUAUUCGUGGCAGCUCCCCAGAUCUGUCUAUGACACGUAGAGACAAAACUAAUGGCAACCAAUAUUAAAAUAUCAUAUA